AUGACAGAUGGUCGCUCGUACGACAGCGUGACUACACCUGCGCGAACCAUGCGCAAAGGAGGAGUUGAAGUGAUCUCGUUGGGUUUGGGAAUGCGUUACAACAUUCGCCAAUUACGACAAAUAGCAUCCAGCCGUCGACUCGUGUUCACAGCACGAUUCAGAAAUCUGAAUUCGGUUGUCAGAGUGAUAAAAAGGAAAGCUUGCGGUGCAACAGGUCGGUAAACACUGAAAAAAAUAAGGUAUUAUUAUUACAAGGUGUUAAAAUGUGAGUAGCGUGUUUGGCAGCCAAGGCAAAAUAACCCUUAUGCCUUAUAGCUAGUUUCGAUAGUAGUGUAUGUAAAAGGAAAGACAGUUUUCCUUUUCCUUUUCUUUUUUUUAAACCCUAUCCUUUUAAAUUUUUUCCUACCUUAGGUAUAAAGCCAAGACCACCUCCUCGACCCAAACCUCCACGUCCUGGACAAGCUACUUACUACUGGGAAGGCUGUUAUAAUGACAAAAGAAGACGAGCUAUUAAAUCUAGACUCGGCAACUUCCACAGGCACAAAGAUCCUAUCAACGCAUGUGCUAUGGCAGCCUUAAGGCGAGGUUACGAAGUCUUUGCAGUUGAGAACGGUGGAGAAUGUUACUCGGGCCCACGGGCGUAUCAGACAUAUAACAGAUAUGGACCGACCAAUCGCUGCAGGCGAGGAAGAGGAGGAUCAUGGGCAAUGGAUGUGUACAAAUUUGGAAAACGUAAGUCAAAUUAAAAAUUACUCUGUUGAUCCGUGGCAUAAGAUGCCUUGGACUGGCCGUCUUCAGAAUUAAGAAUAAUCUAAAUCCGUUCUUACGGUAAGAUUACUCCUUGACAUUUACAACCCUGACUGGCUGCAUGACAAUAGUUGUUGUUACAGUUAUUAGCGUGUUUGAUGUGGAAACAAGACGAAAAGGUCAUUCUGCAUUGAAAUAACCCAUUAACCUCGAUUGAUCGUUUGUGUGCCUUCUUGGGCAAAGGAAUAUUUGACCGUAGUAUCAACUGUGGUUAUAUAUGUACAAGACAUUUCAGUUGUUUCAACACCUUGGGAGAAAAAACAUUUCCAACUUCUUUGUCUAAACUUAUUCCGAAAUACUUUCAAUAGAACAAGCUCAAAAAUCGUAGUAGAGAGAACCAUAUGUGUUCACUUUCUCUUGUUAUCUCAUUCGUGACUCGAAUUUUAUUGGGCCUCAGUAUAAAACUGACCAUAGAUUUGUGCUUCAUCCAGUUGUCAGUAUAUUGCUACUGCCAAGAGCAAAAAAGUUCGGUUCAGCUGGUGGUUUCCAAUUUUGGUCUGCUGAACCUUUUAAUGCACAAAUACUGUAAUGAUGUUGUGAACAGAACAAAGUAGUAGAGGUCUCUAAGUAGAUUUAACCAGGAGCCUUGAUAUGUCGAAUAAACACAGCAACAACAGCACCAAAGGUCUUGAUGAAUUUUUCUUCUUGAUGACCAAACAUUAAACUUAGUCAUGAAAUAGAAAUUAUUAUUAUAUAAAUACCAAUGAAAUACCAGGUGAGCUUCGCGCGAAAACUUGAUAUCUUCACAUGUGAAAAUAAAAUGUUAUCUUCACAUGUGAAAAUGUCACCGUUGCUGUGGCUACAUAACAAAUCGCGGCUUUCACACCAAAAAACUAUUAAAGUGAAAUCGUUUGGUAUUUCGUUGGUGUUUAUAUAAUAACUAGAACAUUACAUGGCCGCUUGGAGAUACGAAAUUUCGUAUCUCCGCGCCAUGUAAUAUCCUCUAUAUGCCACAUACUAGUAUUUUGCUUUUGUCUAACCAUCCUCUGUUAUAUUCUAGUUCGUGGCUGGUCCAAUGUCGUUAUCCGAAACCUUGGCUGUUUUAGAGACAAACGAAGGCGAUCUGCAGGACGUAUGGUGGCUAACUUGAGAGGCUUGAAGUAUGCUGUCAGAGACUGCGCGCGCCAAGCGCGAAAGAGAGGUUACAGAAUCUUUGCCGUACAAAACGGUGGCGAGUGCUUUAUGGGUCCGAGAGCUAAAAUCACAUACAAAAUGUACGGUCGAUCAAAGCGAUGUCGAGGAGGGAAAGGAGGUCCUUGGGCAAAUGAUGUUUAUAUCAUUGUCAUAAAAGGUACACUCCGAGAUCUGUUCAGUAGUGACUUCAGAAAACAUCUGAUGACUAAAUAGACUUCUUGUCUUUAGAGUUUUGUGCGCAUGCCCUGUAGACUUAAUAUGGUCAGUGGUGUUCACAGUCCACACUUGUAAGUGGAGUAUCGUCCGAAUCAACCCGAUUAAGGUUAAGCGAAUGGAACGAGGGAAAUUCCAGUUACCGAUCGGAAUAAUUCCUCUCUCAAAACUAAAAUCGCUCAGUGCAACUACGACAAGUGUUCCCGUCAUUGGACACAAAACUCUCAACCUCUGAAAACAUUAUCUCAAUUUUCAAGACUCGCACAAACUCUUUCUCCAAGUUGGCAGAUUGGUGAAAUUAGAAGUCAAAUACCCAUCUUUGUCCAUCAAGGAGUGGAAUCAAAUCAUAGGAAGUGUGUUGUACGAUUUAUAGUCUAGGAAUAUUUAAGUUGAAGGACUAAAAACAAAAAUCGGAAGAAGUUAUUAGCUAUGAUUACUUUUGUGGAAAUAUUCUUUGUCACUUAAAUGCAGCUGAAGCUUAAGCUACUUGCAAACGGACGCAGCAAGUCCCAGCAAUUUUGGGACCUGUUGGCAAAAACUGUUGCGCACGCUUGCACAGGGCUGAAAUUUGACCGGUUUCAAACUUUGCAGAACAACACGCAACAACAUCCAACAACAUGCAACAGGGUGUGCAAACGGACGCAACAUGUAACAUCUAACAAUGUUGGGAGUUGUUGGCCAACAAUGUUGCGUCCGUUUGCCUGUAGCUUUAGUCAUUUUGGUGUUCUGUGUUUUUUAGGUCGACCACGGCCCAGGCCUAGACCGAGACCAAGGCCACGGCCCAGACCUAGACCAAGACCGAGGCCACGGCCCAGACCUAGACCGAGGCCACGGCCCAGACCUAGACCAAGACCGAGGCCACGACCUAGACCAAGACCAAGGCCGCGACCCAGACCCAGACCUAGACCUAGACCACGGCCAAUACCUGUUCCCAGACCGUCUGGCAAAGGUAGGUACAUGUUAAAGAAUGUGUGCCUAAUUGUUUGAACCGUGGAUUUAAUGUUGCGUCCAAUUUGCGCUUUGAAUACAUUGCUUCAGACGUGGCUGCUGUAAAAUCGCACUGAUCGAUACAGAACCUCUCAUUCGAUUUUCAUGGAAGGGUUUGCAGAACCUUAAGAGCUAGGAGUCAAACAGUCUUCUAAUCGAAUCACCUGUUUACGGUCGAAUUUGUUAUUAUUACUACAUCACUCGCUUAGUAUUAUUUUAACCUUUUUCUUUUUUCUCUCAGUUUGUCGUGCGCGUCUGGACUUGGGUUUCUUGAUUGACGGUUCUGGCAGCAUUGAGCGUUCAGGCAGAGGCAACUUCCGGCGCUGUCUAAAUUUCGUCAAAAGAAUGGUAACUUCCUUCAAAGUGUCACCCUCCUACACCCGGGUUGGCGUAGCUCUCUUCUCAUCUCGAACUUGGCUUGUUUUUGGUUUCAACCGUUUCAGAAAUAAGCGACAGAUCUACCGAGCAAUAGAUAGAAUCAGGUAUCCGAGUGGAGGAACAAGGAUUGGAAGCGCACUGCGCUUUGUAAAACACAGACUUUUCCGAGGAAGCAGACGGCGAAAGGUGGGCAGUGCAAAAUGAAAUAUUUUACGUUUUUGCUUAGGAAAGGAAUCAUUUUUAGGAACUUAGAUGUGGAUCAUUUAAAACUGAAGCUGAGAAUUUAAGUUCAAAUGAUCACGCUAUUGAAAAAAAGAUGUGAAACUUGACAACAGCAAACAAGACACAGUCAUUUUUUUUAAUUAAUUUCUUUUUCCCGUGGAAAGCAGUCUUUUUUGACAGCGACAGUGGAGUUUAAGGGUGUAAUUCUGUUUAUCUUACAAUGCAACAGCUAAAGUACAACAUUGCAAUGGUAAGCUGUCUGUGUUACAGCUGUAAUGAACAAUUUACCAACAUACUGCCUCCGAUUUAACUUUGAUGACGUUAGUAUUCUGGAUUUAUUUCUUUUGUUAGGCCCUUAUUUUGCUAACGGAUGGCAUGUCGCAGGAUCGAGUCUUCAGGCCAUCUCUUGCCCUUCGUCACAGUGGAGUAAACACUUUCGUAGUUGCAAUCGGAAGAAGAACGAGCCGUCGACAAUUGACUCAAAUCGCGUCCAGUUCGAAGAAUGUUUUCAGAACAAGCUUUGCCAGACUAAACUCCCUUGUACGGUCCAUCAAGAGACAAGUCUGUACAGGGAAAGGUAGGAUUGAAACUUAGUUUUUUUUUGCUCUGGUAAUUGUAUGUGGGAAAACGUCGUAUGUUUUUAACACAAAUGAGAGUGAAUAUCAAGGAAGGAGUUUCAAAUUAUGAAUUAUUAGUGCCAUAUUCCUUACUGUGCUUACUUCUCCAAGUCGUAAUAUUCUCUUCUACUUGAGCGUUUACGUUUUUUUGCUUGCUAAAUAAGUAUAAGGUUCCUUGGAAAUUUUCAAGUUGAACCAGAAAGCUUCGUUGUUGUGAUAGAAUUUUCGACAUAUCGGGACCUUUGGCUUGUUGCUGCAAAAUUGGUGUAGGCGUUGCAGUUUAGUUAUCGACGCGUCGAUUCGAACUGUUCGGAUGGCAAUCUGGGUUCGAGCCAUAGCGUUCCCAUAGCGAAACCCUGUAAUGGACAAGUAUCUUGUUCAGUGGGUGAAAGUUGUGACACUCGUGGGUGGUUUAUACUACAAGGGAAACUUCCAGCUCUGUGUACCCCUAUGGUUGUGAACACCUUUACUUUCCCUGAAUUGUUACAAAAAUGAUUCUUUUUUGUGCGCAAAUAAUAAAAUGCAUAUGUUUAUUUCUUUCACAGUCCCGGCUGGGCCCAGGCCUUCUGGUCGAGGUAAGUCAAUGCCUUAAUUUCAAAGUUCUAUUUCUUGUGUUCUCUUUCAUUUACUGAUACUUUUGUGGAACUCGUGCUCUCAUUUAAAUUCCAGAUACGUCUUGACUUCACUUUUCUAUUUUUUUUUAUUUAGUGUGUCGUCGACGACUAGACCUGGCUUUCUUGAUUGAUGGAUCUGGGAGUGUCGAAACCUCUGGUCGCGGUAACUUCCGACGAUGUAUUGAAUUUGUCAAGACCGUAGUGUCCUCAUUCAGUAUUUCCCCCAGCCGUACCCGUGUGGGGGUAGCUUUGUUUUCUUCCCGUACUUGGCUGAUACUGAACUUCUAUCGCAGCACGAGUAAGGCAAAAGUGUUGUACACCAUAAGCAGGAUCAGAUACCCUCAUGGAGGAACCAGGAUUGGAAAAGCUUUGUACUUUGUCCUGAAUCGAUUGUUUAGACGAAGCAGAAGAGCGCUUAAGGUAAAACUUUAUAAAGGAAUGAGGCUUCAAAAUUUUCUUCCCAAUAAAAUGUUUUACGUUAUUUCAUUACUCGUGCAAAGGAAUCAAAUUUUUUUAUGUUACUAGUGCAUUUGAACCAUAACGAACGGUCCAUUUUCUCUAAUCUCCUACACACUGUAUCUGAAUUUCGUUUCCUCUACAGGCUCUUGUCGUUCUGACGGAUGGCAUCUCACAAGACUCAGUUCGAAGACCCGCACUUGCUUUACGGAGAAGAGGUGUAUGGGUGUUCGCUUUAGGAAUCGGCAAACGGUACCGAAGAAGACAACUUCAACAAAUAGCUACAAAUAGGCGAUUAGUGUUCACCGGCAACUUUAAACGGCUGACCCAGGUGGCUCGACGAAUCGCAAGAAGAUUGUGCCGAAGUAAGAUCCAAAUUUAGUAUCUUUGUUAUAGAUGUGAAAUACUCGCCCUAACUCUAGGAUUUCUGGCCCGUCAAGCAACCACUAUGGUAUCUUCAACGUUUUUGUUGUACUUGGCCCACGCCUCUUACCUAGGAUAGCUUUUUUUAUUUAAGUCCUUGAAUUACUUGUUGUUAAUUGCCAUCCAACCUGCUUGCAUCUGAUCAAUAAUAAACAUGUUUGUGCCAGGUCGCCCACUUCGUCCCAGGCCUUCCCUUCCAGGACCCAUCAUAAGGCCAAGUGGCCCCGGUAAGUCAUUCGAAUUUUGUAUUUCUUGCAUCCAAUUCGUUUCUCAGCCAAUCACAAACNGCCCUAACUCUAGGAUUUCUGGCCCGUCAAGCAACCACUAUGGUAUCUUCAACGUUUUUGUUGUACUUGGCCCACGCCUCUUACCUAGGAUAGCUUUUUUUAUUUAAGUCCUUGAAUUACUUGUUGUUAAUUGCCAUCCAACCUGCUUGCAUCUGAUCAAUAAUAAACAUGUUUGUGCCAGGUCGCCCACUUCGUCCCAGGCCUUCCCUUCCAGGACCCAUCAUAAGGCCAAGUGGCCCCGGUAAGUCAUUCGAAUUUUGUAUUUCUUGCAUCCAAUUCGUUUCUCAGCCAAUCACAAACAACCAGAUGCCUUAAAACAAAAAUUUCCUUUUAAGUUUUCCCGACGAAAGUGUGAAAAGUUUGUCAAAAGAAAUCUGGUCGGAAAUCAAAUGGUUCGCGCCAUUCCCUUCGGGGAGCUUCAGAGAACAUGGGUUGUGAUUUGAGGGGAUGCAAUUGUUCUACCCUUUUUAGUCUGUUCAGCUGAUUUGGAUAUACAUUAUCGGUAAUUAUAACGGCUCGUUCUACCACCACGUCAAAUUUCAUAGUUUUAUGUUUAUGCACAAGAUUUCCAGUCGUUUGGUUUGUGUCAAUGGUAAGCACCACGGGUGAAAAAAGAAACUGAGGAAAACUCUCUACGUAGUAUUAGUAAAAAGACGUCGUAAAACAACGCCCAACGAUGAGAACUGGGCAAACUCCGCCACUCGGUGCCCGCUUAAUUUAGUUUCACAGCAAGGUCGGCAAGUGAAGACCUGAGAGUGAGUUAAACGUUAGCAGCAUGAAUACCAUAAACAAUCAGGCAAUCAAAGAGUGGCAAUAAAUGACUGUCGUGCUUAUUAUAUAGCUCGGCAUUGCGAACCUUCACACGAAAGCUAAGCAUUAUUAGGAUUUUUUUUUAUUAAAACUAGACCCUUUUAAGUUUCAGUGUGUCGCAGACGUCUUGAUUUGGCUUUCUUAAUUGACGGAUCUGGAAGUAUCGAGGCGUACAGUCGAGGAAACUUCCGUCGAUGUCUCAAUUUUGUCAAACGAGUAGUGGCGUCUUUCCUCAUCUCCCCGAGACACACCCGAGUUGGCGUUGUUUUGUUCGCUUCCCGUGCAUGGCUAGUGUUCCAUUUCAGACGCUUUAGAAACAAACAUGGCGUUUUAUACGCUAUAAGUCGCAUCAGGUACCCGAGAGGAGGUACGAGAAUCGGACGGGCGCUAAAAUUUGCCAGAUAUCGGUUGUUUAGAAGAAGGAACAAUAGACGGAAGGUAAGUGUUGAAUAUAAAGUCCUUCAUUCAGAGCCAUUCCCCAACUGAGUCGGAUCCAGUAAUGUCCAUCCCGUGGAAAGUGUUGACGGUCGGACAGUUUUUGCAGUUGCUGAUUUAUGACACUUUACAGUUGAGUAUGAUGAAAGUAUUUGAAACCAAACGUAAAUUUAAGCCUUCUUCGAAAUCUUAGAUUCUAAAUGUCUUAGAAUCCUGCCCUCAAGUCUUCGAAAAAUAAUGCUUUUAACCAGACUAACCUGUUAAGAAGCUAUCAAGAAUCCAAACACAUUUUCUAAGCCGGUUUAAGGUUGGGGUUAGGUUGUGCCUUGUCGCCUGAAACAAUUCUGUGUUUGGAAACCUGAUGAAACACUCCUUCUUGUGUUUAAGGUAGCAUUAAGAUUCCGAAUUCCAGGAAGAAAAACAAGUUUUGCUUGUUGGAUAGCUCUAAUAUCUAUUUUAACGGACACACCAAAGACAAAUUGCUCACGGCUUGUAACAAUGAACUAUGCGAUUGACGAAACAAUUGUCUCUUCCUUGGUGUUACUAUAUAUGAUCUACGAUUUCCACUCCAGGUUCUUAUCGUCAUGACUGAUGGCAUUUCACAAGACAGGGUUGUAAGACCGUCACGUGAUCUCCGAAACACGGGCGUGCGUAUUUUAGCGCUUGGAAUCGGCAAAAAAUUCAGACGGGUUCAGCUUAUUCAAAUGGCAGCGAGUCGACAAUAUGUGUUCAACGCUGAUUUCGGAAGCCUGAACCGAGUGGUGAGGUCCAUCAAACGAACAGCAUGUGGAGGUAAUUAGAAUGGGUUAUGGCGCCAUAAACCAGUGCUUUGUUCAAUAUAACUAGUGAGCACUCUUUUUAUAAGAACGUUUUUGCAAGAACGUUCAGCAUUAAGUUUGCCAAAAUAUUUAGAACAUGCUAACAACAUACCCGAGGCUCAGAGAAGAAUAAUUUAUUUUUCACAGCUUGUAAAUCGUACUUUCCUAAAUCCAGAAAAUCUGUUUUACAUAAUGUCCUACAUGGAAUCAGAGUGCAAGUAAAAUUUUGUUCUUUCAACACAUUCCUAUUGUGUAUGGUCAACGAUGCAUGUACAUUGUACUUGUACAAUUCAUUAAUGUGAAAACUAUAAGCAUUGUCUUGUCUUGCCUAUAUGUACCUUAAAGUUAUCAGGUUUCCGUUACUGAAAUUUAAGAACAUCCCUAAGGACUUAUCCAGGCUGAAACUGCCCAGAAAAUAUGAACUGUCCAGGCUCAACUCAAAAGUGGACGUUCUCAUAAAAAAGAGUGUAGUACAAGUGUAAUGUACAAGAGUAGCUGUAGUUUUCAAACUCUGAAGUAACUUAAUAGUCACUUGUCUUGGCUCGAGAUUCCUUCGGGAUGGAAAUAUGAUAUAUGCUUUUAUGAGACUAUGAACGUGUUGCAGAAGCUGCGCGAGAUAUGUGAGAAAAAAACAAUUUGAAACCCAAUUUAGUUUAGUCAAGUUAAAAGGGCAACUUACGUGAAGGUUUCACCUCGCCUAAGAUGCACACUCUCAUGCCUGGAAUAGCUAAUAAUCAAUCUUGUGUCUGUGUUGUAGCCAAAGGACUGGGGCGAGCUAGAGGAAGAGGCCGAGGAGGGCGUCGUAUACCCUGGAGAGGAUUCGGACGUAAAUUGCGACGUGGCAGACGAAUUCGUCGAAUAAUGAUGAGGCGACGUGGACGACGAAUUCGUCGCAUACGCUGGCGUCGCAGGCGGAAAAUGAUACGUGGCCGACGAAUACGUCGCAUAAGGAUGAGGCGGCGUGGACGACGAAUUCGUCGCAUAAGGAUGAGACGACGGGGACAACGAAUUCGUGGUACACGCCGGCGUCGCAGGCGAAAAAUGAUGCGUGGACGACGAAUACGUCGCAUAAGGAUGAGACGACGGGGACGACGAAUUCGUGGAAUACGUCGACGUCGCAGGCGAAAAAUGAUGCGUGGACGACGAAUACGUCGCAUAAGGAUGAGACGACGGGGACGACGAAUUCGUGGAAUACGCCGACGUCGCAGGCGAAAAAUGAUGCGUGGCCGACGAAUACGUCGCAUAAGGAUAAGACGACGUGGACGACGAAUUCAUCGUAUACGUCGGCGUCGCAAACGGGAAAUGAUGCGUGGACGACGAAUACGUCACAUAAGGAUGAAGCGACGGGGACGACGAAUACGCAGACCAAUCAGACGAAGACGAGGGAAGCAAAGUAUGUGGAACUGAUAAUCGCAUACUCUAAUUUAUCUAUGUUGUUUUAGCUUUACAGCAGUGGUGCAUAAAACGAGACGUAAGUAGUAAUAACCUCCUUGCGACUCUCUUCCGCAGGGGCCGGAAAGAAAAGAAGCUUAGUUAUUAAAAUACCCAACCAUAACGAUGGCAUUGGUGAGUCACCAGGCAANUUUUUUUACUGUAGCAUUCUGUGUCAUGUUCAUUCACUAUUUUUGGUUCCUAAAUGUUAAUUUUAGGCUUAACAGUGUCUGUUAAACCUAAGAAAGUCUUAGAAUUGAAAUACUUUAUUUACCUUCCAUCUUUAGUUCGUAAACAGCCAAAUGGCAGCUAUGUCUAAAUGUCCAGAUUAUGUGUGGCGUGAAAUUGAACCUUAAGAAAUACCCUCUACACGACAAGCUGCCCAUGAGUCAAUAAUUUUAAUGCUUAGUACUGCCAAAAUGCUUAAAUAACAAUGAUAAUAGUAAAAAGCAUAACAAUUUUUUACGAUUUUCUCCAGGAUGAAAGCGUUUCCUUUGCGGUCCGCACCUAUUUGUGAAGCUGCGAUCUCAGCAAUCCAAGCAAUCUUGUGAUAGUUUUUUCUUGUUUGUUCGACAAAUAAAAGCCUCGGACUCUCAAUAAAAGGGACAUCUGUAUGUACUCGAACGCUUUAAGUCUAUCUUCUGCUGAAUAAUUACAUAAAAUCUUACAAAAUUAAAGAAAUAUUCGGGAAAGUGGUUAUAGCCGAUUAGCCGAUAAAACGCGAAGGACCCGAGUGAAAGGUAAGCUUGCAGUUUCUCGAUCAAGCGGAGGACUUAGAGCUAUUUUCCUUCUGAUUUACUGAUCCUUACCUAUUAAGGGAUUGUUUAAUACCCAAGCUCCAAGCGUAACAUCUUGAAGCAAUAACUUUUGAUGUUUUAGAAUUGACUUUUGUUUGACUAUAAAAUGUUUGGUCAGAUCGACCAUACGGCAGAAAUAGCAACAUGUGCAUACUUCAUCGGUUUUCAAAGAACUGACAAGGUAAAUAGAAAUUAUUUUUCAUCUCACGUUGAAAAACGACACAUCUUUUCCACAAGAAAUAACUAGAACCUCCCAGACUUGGCGGAGACAAAACCAGUCCGCGUGUCCUGCGUGUUGCGCAUUUCUUUCGCGUCGCGUGCGACUACCUUGGCAUGCGCAGAAAAUGUGCGCAGUAACAAUAGUGGGCACCGUCCUUAAGCUGUGCUGAAGUUUCAAACUCGAUCAUGACCACCUUUCCUACAUCCAAUAUCCUGGGCGUGUGAAUUUGUCAAUGCCAUGACGAAGGAAGGCUUCUUAAAAGGAGCACAAGUUUGCAAACCUUGUCAUAAUCUCAUCACUAGAAUGUUGCGCAUUCACUGUCAUUUGAAUAUGCCUGUGUCCAGACUAUUGCACGGCAGUUACCUUCGUCCAUUACCUGUUACAAAUCUGGCUAACGCAGACUACCUAUUUGCAAACCGUGAUAAUUCUUUUAGGCUCCUGCUUAUCAUCGGUAAAAGUUAUGUCGGUAUUUCAUCUCCCCAUCGCUGUAAUACCUGUACAGCAUCAAGGACAAAUAUGAAGGAAAGCUGUAAACUGUGAUAACUCUCUUAGGCUCCUGCUUAUUAUCGGUAACUGAUAUUUCAAGUAUUUCAUCUUGUUAUCGAAAGAUAUCUUACUAUUGCUGUGUUUUCUCUACAGCAUCAACGACAAAAAUGGACGUAAGCUGCCUGUGGCACUUCAAAUCGUCUGUAAACAAUUCUGUUCUUAUUGAUGAAGUACGUGGUCGAAAAAUCCAUUUAGAGGGCGGUGCCCUUGUAACAAAUACAGCCGAAAGGGGUCUGGUUGUAGAUACCAAUGGCGGAUGGAUUUCUCUGAAAGAAACUAAUGGUAAGUUCCGUAGAAACGACGUUAAUAACUGGAACAAACGCGUCAAAAAAGAACACAUUUACCACACUGUGAGGUUUUAGUGAAAUAUUAAACAGUAUAAAAGAGGAAGUCUAUCUUUCCCAACUCUACGAUUGUGAAGGAAGAAGGAGAAUAUACUGAAGGAGGCCUUUUUUUACUUCUAAUUGUGUGAAAUUCAUUAAGAGAAUCCAAGUUUGUCCUUCCGAGAGGAUAUAAAGAGGACUGAAAAGAAAGAAUGUUCAUAGUCUGAGAAAUGACAUGGAUAAUUAUCAUUAUUUUAUCAGUUUUUGCCAAGUAUCACUACGAUUUUGCAAGACAGUAUGCAAAUAAAGCUUGCAGGAAAAAUCCUUGCAUUCGCGAACAAAGGUUUUGGUCUUUAGGCAGUAGGCGAUGGCUGCAUGUCAUUAUUGCUGGCGUCGUGAUGAAAUACAUCAGCGUAAAAACGCUUUUUUUCCGUAUCUGAUGCUUUUAAUGGUUUUAUUGCGUUAAGCGCUAACAAAACUGAAUUAUUCGUUCAGACACCUGCUUUAGUGAUCCCGGACGCUGCGCAGACAACGGCAUAACGGUCAUGUCGUGGUUAAAACUCAACAAAACGUCGCUCAACAAGACGACAAGCUCCUACAUCAUGUCGAGUGGCGGCCAGUCUACUAAAGCGCGUGGUUUUGCCGUUUUGUAUUUGCCAACGAGGUACAUCGUGAUACUAAGCAUAAAGAACAAACAGUGGAAACUGGACACACCUGUUCUUCCUAGCGGUUGGUUCAACCUCGCUUUCACUUGGCGGGAAAAGGGUCAACUCAAGCUUUUUGUCAAUGGUACCCUCGUAGCCAGCGCUAGGCCGGCACUUGUUUCCAGACCUCAGGAUUCGUUCACAACAUUUGUAAUUGGUCGGCCAAACAAUUCAGAUCAACCGCUGUAUGGCUUCCCAUUAAAGAUCGAUAACUUGGCGUUCUGGGAAAGAGAACUAUCUGAGCGGGAAGUCAAAACUGGUAGGUACUUUUGCUUUUUAACUGAAUUAAUGUAAGAACAUUGUAAUCAGUGUUGAUUCUAGCUAUAAUUCACGUUUAAUAGUUCGCCUAACAUUAUGGAAGCAGUGAUUAUUUCGAAAAACACCAGGCAAGUUGAUUUUACCAAAAAAAUAUCCAGCCCAUGAAAAUAAACUGUCAGACUGAAUUUAAUGAAGUAUUUUUUUAUUUUACCAGCAAUGCACUUUGAGUCAAGCAAACUGAGUAAAUUUCAAGGGAAAGACCAGAAUAAUUAAGGUAAGGUGUUAUUUUACUGUGAUCUUACCACGGCAGUUGCUUCAAUACCAUGUUCUGUGAUGAGACACUUAUAGUUUCGUUUGGAGAAAAGCGGAGAUUCCCAAAGUGCGCGGCUGGUUAAAAACCCUUGGAUCAGUGGCCUGCUUAGAAGCGAAAAAGUUCACGUUCCGCUGACAUCAAUGAGAAGAAAUUGUAGACUGGAACAGAAGUGAAUGCAGGAUUACAUGGCACUCAAGUGACCUCAGGACGGUCACGUAACGAGAUAAUUGCAUCAAAGAUGUUUGAUAGUUCAAGCCCGCAAUUCUCUUGUCACGUAACCGUCCUGUGGCCACAUGACUGCUGAAAACCAAGCCAUUUUUGCCGAAAUCAGGAGCGAAAUAUCUAGAAGCAAAUAUUUUGUACGUCCCAGUCCCAUUUCUUCUCAUUCACUUUCUGUUUGCCUUUCUACUCACAGACACCGCAACCCAAGAUCAUGAAACGACAGAUGGUCGAUAGAGGUGGCAAGAUAUGUUGAUAUAAUAUUUUAGGAUUUGCAUGAAACUGUGUCUAAACUUCUACUAUGC